GGCUGACGACCACGGACUGGAGGACUAUUGACACCCUUUAACGGCUACGGAGAUGGCGGCAGCAGCGCAAGCACCCGUCAAGGAUACAUCCAUCGUCGUAGAGAAACCCAUACCCGUCGAGCUGGACAUUGGCUUGCUGGCGGCCUUCGAUAUCAACCCGCUGCCCGAUGCGACGGCAGAGACACUCAAGCGAGUCGCUCGCGAGGGCGCACAGCUCCUGGUCAAUGGCAUUUUAUCUUGCCCGAUCAACACAUCAAAAGACGGUGUGCUCAUCAGCCUACCUGAGAUUGUGACACGGCUACCACGCGAGAAGCCUGUUCCAGCAGAGAAGGCAGAGUCCAAGUGGGAGAAGUUCGCUCGCAUCAAGGGCAUCAAGGCAAAACGUCGCGAGGGCAACCUCGUUUUCAAUGAAGAGACUGAAGAAUGGGUACCGAAAUGGGGCUACAAGGGCAUCAACAAGGACGCAGAGAAUGCUUGGCUCGUUGAGAUGGAUGACGACAAGUUUGCCAAGAGUGCAGCAGAUGGAUCAGAUCCCCGUGCGGAGAUGCGCGCAGAACGCAAAGCCAAGGGACAAGGCAAGAAUGAGAAGCAGCGCAAGAUGAACGAGGCUGGCGGCCUGUCUUUGUCCAAGAUCAGAGCCGUUGCGAGCAGCGGCAAGUCAACAGGCAAGGUUGUCAAGCGCUCUCGGCGCAAGUAGAGGGCAUAUGACUGGGGUAGGGCAAUUCUACAUUGUUUAAACACAAUAGCAUCAAGAGCAUCGUUGUAGCGUUGAAGAAGAAUCAAGAUUUACGAAUAGGCCAGAUGGACUUGCGCCGGUCAGCCUUGAUGCGAGCCUUGUCCUCUGCUGGCAUUGGCGUUGGCAGCACGAGAGGCUGAUCCGGAAUCGCAACAAAGGCGACCUCUUUCUCCAACGAUAUCGCUUCUAUCUCUCCAUCACUGCGCAGGCCUUGCCACACGUCGGGUG